AUGCUGCCGGAUUCCGGAGGUAUAGAGCACAACUGGAAUUUAGAGAUUUAUACAGAGGAUGAACCUUAUAGCACUCCCGUGGAAAUUUUGUCAGAAUUCCUUUUUGCUUUUAUGUCCCAUGACUACAAAAGUGCCUUACACUACUGCACAUUAAUUCUUCAGUACGAGCCUGACAACAAACUAAUUCAAGAUUUUUAUCCUCUUAUACAAGAAAAACUACAUUUUGAUAGUUAUGACUCUGACGAAUUUGCUGACAGUGAGAGAAGCAAUACUUCUUCUAAAUCUGAUAAUUCUACGGAAUACUUUUCAAGUACAUCGCCGUAUGCUGAAAGCACGUCAGCAUUUUCAUCUUUUAGCAGUGAAGAAGAAACAUCUCAAAAUUGAAAAGGACCGCAAUUACGCACUUCAGAAAGAAAGUUAAUUAUGCUUGUACACAAAAUUUCAUAUAGUAUUCAGGUACUUAUAUACGUAUACAUGUUUUUUGUCACAUUUAUUGUUACCAUUUUUUGUUAGGAUCAACUUAAAAUGAUGUCGAGUGUUGUCUUAUUUUUUACUUCAUUGUUAUUUCUAGUUCUUUUCUUACAUAAAAGUUUGUUAAUAUGUGUUGAAUGUUGUGCCACCUUGUGAAUGUUACUUGUGCGCAACUUGCCUUCCAUGCAACACUCUGUUGUCUGUGAUAUUUCUCCAUGCCUAGUCAUAUUUUGAAACUAAUUUAUUUUCAUGUUUAUUUCUUUUACUUUUGUCUCUGCAUUGAUUUUUUAAAGAAACAUCUCUGUUGAACUAAGUGUACUCUUUUACAUGCUGUUCAUUAAAAAAAAAAAACUUUGUUUUGAAAAAAGCUUUUCUUUUUAAAAAAAAUUAUGUUUUAAAGUUCAUCAAAAAACCAGAUUCUAAAUUUAAGCAGUACGAUUAAUUCUUUUAUCAAAAAAGUAUAAAUCUUAGAGUAUAUUUUCCUUUUUUUAACAAAAUUUUAAUUUUCUUUUUCAAUGCUGUCAUAAAAAUCUCCCUUCCCCAUCACUUUGUCCUAUGCUCUCUCAAACAGUUUUGGUAGAUGAUUUCAGUAGUAAAAUUUUAGAAUCGUUGUCUUGCAUCCAAUUCUAAAAGACUGGUAAAAAAAAAGUACCGAUUUGUGAUCCUUUAAGCAAAAUUUCUGUUUUCUGAAUCAAUGUUUUCACUUUUCCAAAUUCUGUAUUGGCACUCACUCUAAAUUAGUCAUUUAAUGGCUUGAACCAAUAAUUAGCAGUAAUUGAAGUAGCUGCAUAAAAUGCACAAAGAUAAAUUUUUAAACAGUAUCAUCAUCAGAUAAAACAUUUUGUAAACAGACUGCUUUUCUCUUUUUGGGUAAUUCAUUUGAGACUUUCAGCUAAGGAAUAUUUCAACAAAAUUGUAUUUGCUAAGAAAUACUUCUCCAAGGUUAAAAUUGAAAUUUUCAAAAUUGAGAUCAAGCUUGAAAAGCUGGGUGAAACUUAAAAGCAGUAUCAAACAACUCAGUCACAGCAUCCAGAGACUGCAGUUUCGCCCUUAUUUUGGGCUCUUCAGUGUGGAAUGGCUAUAACCGAGCUGCAGGCGAAAAAUCUCAUUUAAGCACAGAGUAUAUCUUCAACUUGCUUAUGAGUCCUUUACCUUCAAAAUGUAUUCAAAGUUGAUUUAACAACUUUGAAAUUCAGCUGUUCUGUAUCCAGAAUAACUCAAAUGUUUUCUUUAACAACUCAUGCAUUCGAGCAUUUAUCUUCAGAUCAUAAGUCAUUUCAGUGCUAUCUUGUAAGUCUUGAAACUUUUGAGGUUGUAAAAUCUGUACCUCAGAACCAGACUAAUGUAAGUCCAAAAAUGACGAUUUUGAGUUUAUUACUGCAUUACUGCAUUUUAUAUAUAAUCUUAUUCCGUAUUGAGCCAUGUCAACGAAUUUUUUAAAAAAAUUCCUUUAUAAUUUAACCGGUGCUAGAACAGCGUAAGUCCCACCUUUGUUUGAGCUAGAAAAACGUAAGUCCACUUAAUAUCUUCAAAAAUGCCUUCCUACUCCAGACUUGAAGAACUCUCAAAGUUUUUACUCAAGAAAACUCUGGACAUUAAACAGUACUAUUCUUGACACAACCACCGACAAAACUUGGUGUAUGAUUUGAGAUGAAAUGACAGCCCGGCAAGGAGGAAAAGAAAUUGCAUCAUGCUUAUAUAUAUAUUCACAUGGGCAAAUGAGGAACUUCAAAAUUCUGAAAAUCCAACAGAAAACUUAACGGUAUGGACUGAUAAUUGCAGUGGCCAAAAUAGGAAUAUCAAUAUGGUGUUCAUGUACAUAUGGAUAUUAGAAAAAAAAUUUACCUUAAAAAGAAAUAAACCACAAGUUUCUACUUGCUGGACACACUCACAUGGAGGUUGAUGGAAAACAUAGUGUUAUAGAGCGAGCUAAAAAACAAUUAAAAAACCACACUAUCUACACUACAAAUGAUUGGGCUAAUUUUAUUCGUUAGUGUUCAAGAAAAAACCCGUUUCUUGUAAGAAGGAUGGGCCUUGAAGACUUUUUAGAUUUUCUUUAUUUGAGGAGCUAAGAAGCUCCUUCUGUUUCAAGAAAGACAAACACUAAUAAAGAGCCAUUUUUGAUAUUGAACGCAGUUUGGUUGCAGCUUCGAAAAGGAGACAGCAAAUUGUAUUAUAAGACCAACUUUGCUGAUAUGCCAAAGACAAUUCCAAAAUUAAGACUAACCACAAAAAAGAUAAUUAAUGAAAAGUACAGAGACCUUAUGAAUUUGAUGCAAUGGAUUCCUAUAGAGUAUAUACCUUACUUUGAAAAUCUUCCACAUGGAAAAAACAAAGGAAACUUUCCUAAAGAAGAUUCAACUGCUCUGGACUAAGAUCAUCUGCAGUUCAUAGACUAUCUCAGUUUUUUUUCUAAAUUUUAAAAUUAAAUACGUUCUGCUUAUAUAUUUUAAUUCUAUCGUCAAUUACUUUUUGUAUUAAAAGUAUCAUUAAACUUUUACUAUGAACAUUUGCAGUUUACUUUUAAAACAGUGUUUGGUGUAAAAAUACAAUAACGUAAGCUCAGUUCUGAUAUAAUGAGCCAUUAAAUCUUUAUUUAUAUAUAUAAUUGUUAAAUUGUACGGAAAUAGACCAAUAAGGAGUAUGGCAUACAUUUUUUUUUAAAGAUAACAUUCAUAAUUUGUCUAUGUAACUAGGAAAUGAAAUCCUUCCUCUCAGUUUUCACCAGAAACUUAGAUUCGGAGUAAAGGAAUCGGAUUGGGAGCCAGGAUUUGAAGGUUUGAAAUCACAAACGCUGAAAUCGGAGUUAAUCAUCUUCUCUUCUAAUUUUGGAGUAAAGGAGUCGCAGUCUAAGGCUCUAAAAUUCCCGGAGUCGGAGUUGGUCAUUUUCAAUCCGAACCCACAACUCUGGUUUUUACACUCUCAUACAAAGUAGAUUUAUGUGACUUACGUUACUCUGGCCCUGAGGUACGGAACUGUUUUUGAUGUUAAACAACAAUAAUGUAAGUCCAGUUCUGAUAUAGUGAAUCAUUAAUUUUUGAAUUUUAUAAAUAAUUGUAAAAUUGUGCAAAAAUUAACCAACAAGACAUGAAGUAUACAUAUUUUUUUAGUAUUAACAGUCAUAUUUUG